GGCUAAAAAUAAGUAAAGGCUGUGAAAAGUUCUAGUAAAAUUACAACGUGUCGCCCUGAAACACACUUCCUGGUGAUUGGUGAAAUGUUAUUUCCACAGUAAUGUUUGGAGGAGAGGAGCACACUGUGACUCUGCGGAGGAUGCUGCAGCUGCAACAGAUCGCAGCCUGCUGUGUUGCAUUUAGUCGAUCAUCACUGAAAAAAGUCACGUCUCGAUGCAUGCACAGCAGCUAAACUUGAGUCUAUACGUUAGCCCUACGGCUCUGGUGCUGAGUUUGAAUUAGGAUGCCUCAGAUGAUGCACACUGACUCAGGCUCCUCCUCGACAGAUUGAAGAGAGUAAAGGGACUUAGUUAAACCGGAAACCAAACUUUUUUCUUCGAACUUUUUUUUUUUUCCUCUGAGGCAAAAGAGGAAAAAGAGACGACCCUUGGUGUCAUAAAACUACACAGUUCCUUAUUCUCCUCAGUGAAGCGUGCUGUUGGAAAUGUGUCAGUUGCCGACCAUCAGGGGACAAGUAAACAGUUUCUGGCGAGGAUAAGGGCGACGUCGAGAGAUUUUAGGCUCGUGAGCUCUCACAUAACGGAUUCUGCUCCUUUAUCAUGGAAGAUGGUGCGAAAGAGGACCCAGCCCAGUGUAAAGUGCCAAAGUUUCUGGGUAAGGCUGGCUGGGUGAAGAAGGCCCCCCCUAGGCUGUUGGCGAGCUAUAAGGACCGCUACAUCCAUGUGGAGAAGACAGAAAUUGUGGUAUAUGAAAAUGAGGACCUGCAGAAAUGCUUAGAGAGGUUUAACCUGGAAAACUAUGAUAAAUGUCAUGAACUGAAGAGCCCCUUCAGUAAGAAACACAGACUGAUACUGAUUCGAUCACCCAAGUCUGGAAAUAAGGUCCAUGAUGUGAAGUUCCAAGCUCAGACUGCAGAGGAGAAGGAGGCUUGGAUUAAAGCCGUGAGUGAUGGCAUCAAUCGAGCAAAGAACAAAAUCUUUGAUGAGGUGAAGGUUGAUGAAAGCAGUAAUUUAGAGCAUGUUACUCGAACAAGGCCCAAAGGGAACCGUAACCGCCGGCCGCCGACCAGGAUACACAUGAAAGAGGUAGCUGAUGUGUCAUCUGAUGGUAUCCUGCGUUUGGAUCUUGAUCUUGAGGAUGCCACAAUGCCUAAUGGGACCCAUAAGGCCACUGUUGAUGGCACUGAGACCCCCAAAGAGGCCAAAAAAGUACUCAUGCCUCCGUCCAAUGCCAGGGAAGUUGCAGACAAACAUGUGGAACCAAGUGCUGAGGAGGAGGCUCAGACUGAGUCAGAGGUCAGUCCACAGAAAAAGGUCAUCAAACCUCCCAUGCCUCCUAUCAAAGAGGCUAAACCCGUUUCAACACCUGAGGAGGAACCUGAGAAGGACAAUAGCUCAGAGAAGAAGGUUCUGAAGCCGCCUAUGCCCCCAUGUAAAGAAGCCAAGCCCUGUGCGUCUCCUGUUGAAGAGGCUACAGAAGGGGCUAAAACUGAGAAGAUGUCUGAAAAGAGUCCUGAAGCCAAGAAGAAGACAGAGCCACCACCAACCCCUCCCAACAAGCCCAUGAGCAAUUCCACAAAUGAUCCUGAAGAGGCCUCGCAGUCCAGGCCAAACUCCCACCCUCCUACCCCUCCAUCCAAGGGGAAGAAACCCUCCCUUCCUACUGUGGAGCCAAACCAGGAGGUUCAAGUCACAACCGAUGAGAAUAAGGAGAAGGAAGGAGACAAUAAGAAGGAGACGACUGUAACACCUAUGGAAAUAGAUGAACCUCUACCCAGUGUCAGAGAUGAUAAAACUCCAAGCACAGAAGAACAGGUUUGUGAAGAAGAAUCAGGGGAAACAAUAAGCAGUGGCAUAAACAAGGCAUCCAACAAUGAGCCACAAAUGCCUGUUUCACUUAUAUCAGUGUCCACAGAGCUGCCUAGAAAGAGCCCUCUAACCCCCAAGAAAAAGCCCUCAGAAUUGCAUGAACCCAACACGCACACAGAAGACAACACAACUGGAACUCAUGAAGGAGAAGACCCUACUUCAUGUCUGCAAACAGCCUCAGAUACCUCUCUCCAAGCAGAAGAGGCACUACCUAAGAGUGAAGUCCCCACAGUGGUGGUCUCUCUGAAUGACCCUGUGGCAGACAGCCUCAGUCUGAGUCCACUGCUCUCCCAUUUGCCUGGGGAGAAGAAAAAGAAGGCAGAGGAGAAAUCUGUAGAUAGCGGCCAGCACUCAGACGACGACAGUGAAGGCUCUGGGAGUGAAGACACACUGGCGGCUUCCACAGCUGCAUUGAGAGGAAGCCACGCUGGUUUGGAUGUGUUGGAUGCCAGCGAGGAGGAGAUUAGUUUAAAGCCAGCACAAGUUGCACCCAAGCCUGAAGUUAGACCAAAGGUCUCUCCCUUUCGGCACUCAGAGCCCAUUACUCCUCUCAAACCCUCAAUUAAAGCCAAGUCGGCCUCCAUUGGAGAUCUGCUGUCUAACUCUUCAGUCAGUACUCAGGUGGGACAGCAUACCAGAACUGUUGCUGGAAGUGACGGAGCACCUGGUGAUGACGUCAUGAAACUUGAGACUGAGGUGGCUCUGGAGAUGAAAAACACGAGUGAGCUCCUGAGCAAAGUGUCCGAGUCCCAGGAGAGAGCAGGUGGGGAGGACAUGCCGGAGGAUCUGCUGGCCAAGGCCAUGGAGAAGUUGAAGAUGGCUGAUCAUGUCCUCAAGGAGGUCAAGAAACUGACACUUGCAAAGAACUCAAACAACAGGAAUAGCUGGUGAAUGUCAGUCACAGCAGAUUGACUGAAAAUUGAUCGUUUGUUAAACCCCUCCACUGAACAGCGAUUGUCUAAUCAUAGCUUAGCAAUUGUAACUAGGCACAGCAGGCCUGUCAAGCUUUGGAUUUCUCCACAGGGGGUGCAUGAGGCUGUGGUACGUAAAUGUGAUACUCUGUAUACAGAGUUUGGAUGGUCAAAUAUUUUUUUAGCUUUUCCAAAAUCAAAGGCAAAAAUUCAAAACUAAAUGAAAGUGGGUGUUUAUCUGCUCCAAUGUAAGCUGCAGCUGUUAGCACGUCUGGCUAACUAGCAUACGACCUGCAGUAGUAACCAAGCAGAGUGACAUUAAUUUGUGGGGUUACAGGUUACAAAAAAAGCUACCUUCACAACUAGUACAUAACUAUCUAUUAUUUACCCACUGUGUGGAAGGUGGUUCUGUAUGCUACUAGACUUUAGGGUAACAUUAGCCACUCUGUCCUGAUCUUACUUUGAUUGGGUAAAUUUACGCUCCAGCAACUUUACCUGAGAUUGCAUCGCUUUUGCUGAACACACUGGUUAGUCCUCAUCCUAAAAGCCUAUCUAGCUAGGUAGCUACAGCUGAUAAAAUCUGUCAUCAAAAGUUAUCAUUUCAGCUGCAAAAUUGACGGUUCCUGGCUAGAAAUUUAAAGCUGCAUUUGUCUACCUCUGCCUGAAAUCAAAGACCCACUGUUUCAAAAAAUAAUGAAGAAUAUUGAGUGGUAUAUCUGCCACAGACAUAAUUGUAAAUGGCAUUAUGUCCUGUGUGAGAACUAAAAAGCUUGACAGGUGUAGCAAUGAUAAGUAAGGAGCACAGGACUUCGCAAAUAGUCAAUUGAUGGACUGAGGCACAAUGACAGAGGUCUCUCAUUUUUGAAGGUUAUGCAGCAUGUGCAACUGUUCGCUCAUAAUUAACUAAGUGCAAUUAUUUUUAGUUUAACUUUCUUGCAGCUGAAGGUCAUGCUUAAUGUUCUACUGUGUGUUGUUUUUUUUGUUUUGUUUUCUGAAAUAUCAGACAUUUUCAAGAAUAAUAACUUUUAAGCUAAUUUGAGAAUUAAUAAUAUAAUGACCAAGCAAUACUAAAAGUGUUAAUACCAAAUUACAGAGCUGUUUUAAUAGUUUACUUAACUUCAUAGUUCUUAGAGGAUUUUUUCUCCUAUUUUCAGAUAGCAUGUUUUUGCUGGCAUGGUUUAUAUGAGGGAAUUCAUACUGUACAUAUUUAAUAUUUUUACUGUUAAUUGUUGAUAAGGAAAAUGUACCAACAUAGCUCAGGACUUUUCUGAAAUGAAUCUUUUCAGACUAAUCAUGUGAUUCAAGCAAAUGUUAUUAUCCUUUGAUACAAGGAUUACAGUUUUGUUAUUAAUUAAAAAGUCUGAAUGAUAUUGUACAUAGCACGGAACAAAGUCAUCUUAGCUGUCCUCUUAGCUCUCACUAAACCCUUUUACAAGGAUUUGAUUACAAAUCAGUUUUAUUAAGAGAUACAUGCUCUGAAUCAUGAAUUCUGAACAAUUUGUCAUUUUUACAGGGGGUGCUUUGUGAAAAGAUUGAUGAUGGUUCUAAAGAAUAUUUUCAAAAUGCCAUGCAAAUUAGAGUUUGUAAGAUUUUCUAACAUUAGGUAUCAUUUUGUACUUAUUGAUCAAAUUUGCUAUUGCCCAAAUAAACAAAGGGAAACUGUCUGCCUAUG